UCUCGACUCAAAGGAAUUCAACCAGUUCAGGGCCAGGAUUCUGUUACCGGAUACAUGGCACCAGAGAGACGUGGUCGGAUGGUUUGGACCUCGGGCUUCUCUCUGGUGAUCUCGCUCAUCCUCGUCCCGCCAUGCAUCUCUCAGGGCGAGAGGUGGAUCUCCAUCCCAGAUCACGGGUUCUGCCAGUCCAUCUCAGUCCCGCUCUGCUUGGACCUGGUCUACAACCAGACUAUCAUGCCCAACCUGUUGGGUCACAGCAACCAGGAGGAGGCUGGGCUGGAGGUACACCAGUUCUACCCGCUGGUUGAAGUCCGGUGCUCCACGGACCUGAGGUUCUUCCUGUGUGCCGUGUACGUGCCGGUCUGCACAAUUCUGGACCGGGCCCUCCCUCCGUGUCGGUCUCUGUGUGAGCGGGUCCGGCUCGGCUGCGAGGUGGUCCUGAACCGGUUCGGCUUCCAGUGGCCCAAGAGGCUUCAGUGCGAGGACUUCCCUCCUUAUGGAACAGAGCUUUGUGUCGGUCAGAACACAACAAACUUGGAAGACCCUGGCUCAGAACUGAGCUUGACUACACCCAACCAGACCUCCUCCUGCCCCUGGCAGCUCCAGGUGCCCUCCUACCUGAACUACCGGUUCCUGGGCGUAGAUGACUGCGGCGCCCCGUGCGAGGCCGCAGAACCUGCUGGCCUCCUGUACUUCGGAGAAAAAGAGGUGAGGUUCUGCCGGCUCUGGGUUGGGUUCUGGUCCAUCCUGUCCUGCGUGAGCUCCCUCUUCACCGUGCUCACGUACCUGGUGGACCCAGGGCGGUUCCGGUACCCAGAGAGGCCGAUCGUCUUCAUGUCUGGCUGCUGCUUCAUGGUGGCGCUGGCUUACGUUGCCGGCUUCCUGUUGGAGGACCGGGUGGCAUGCAGUCACCUGAACCGGGUUGGAUACAAGAUGGUAGUCCAGGGCACCGGGAAGGGAGGCUGCACCGCACUCUUCUUGGUCCUGUACUUCUUUAGCAUGGCCGGCGCCAUCUGGUGGGUUGUGCUGUCCUUCUGCUGGUUCCUGUCGGCCGGGAGAAAGUGGGGCACUGAGGCCUUGGAGGCUAACUCGCGCCUCUUCCACCUGGCGGCGUGGGCGGUGCCGGCAGCUAAAACCCUUGGCGUCCUGGCGGUGGGUCGGGUGUCCGGCGACCCGCUCACCGGGGUCUGCUUCGUAGGGGUCUAUGACCUGGACGCCCAGCGUGGCUUCGUCCUGGCGCCGCUGAUCCUCUACCUCUCCCUCGGUGCUUCCUUCAUGCUGGCCGGCUUUGGCUCACUGCUCCGUCUCCGCGGUGCUGUGAGCCGUGCUGGCGUGGAGGCUCCAGCACUGAAGAGGCUGACAGUGCGGAUUGGCGUUUUCGGUGUGCUGACUGUGGUGUCCGGCGCUGUGGUCGUCGCCUGCGGCAUCUAUGAGCAGAUCCUCUCCCCUCAGUGGGGGAGGGCCUGGCUUACGCAGACAUGCCGGCACUUUGCAGUGCCGUGUCCCGCUGGCAUCACCGACCCGGUGAGGCCGGACUUCACUGUGUUCAUGGUCAAGUACCUCAUGACCCUGAUCCCCGGAAUCACCUCCGGGGGAUGGAUAUGGUCCAAGAAGACACUGCGGUCCUGGAUCCGGAUUUUUAAGGGACCGAAGAGCAACUCCCGGGGAAAGAGGACGGUACGGAGAGGGGGGAGGAGGGAGUAGAGGGAGGCAGAGGACAGACUAGAGGGGUUAGAGGGUGGAGUACUUGUGGAGCAGA